CCAAAAGUAUCCCAAUCAUGUGAUUCAGGUGUUCCAACCCCCUCCAUAUCAUGUGAUUCAGGUGUUCCAAUCCCCUCCAUAUCAUGUGAUUCAGGUGUUCCAAUCCCCUCCAUAUCAGUGAUUCAGGUGUUCCAAUCCCCUCCAUAUCAUGUGAUUCAGGUGUUCCAAUCCCCUCCCAAUCAUGUGAUUCAGGUGUUUCCAAUCCCCUCCAUAUCAUGUGAUUCAGGUGUUCCAAUCCCCUCCAUAUCAUGUGAUUCAGGUGUUCCAAUCCCCUCCAUAUCAUGUGAUUCAGGUGUUCCAAUCCCCUCCCAAUCAUGUGAUUCAGGUGUUCCAAUCACCUCCAUAUCAUGUGAUUCAGGUGUUCCAAUCCCCUCCAUUUCAUGUGAUUUCAGGUGUUCCAAUCCCUCCCCAUCAUGUGAUUCAGGUGUUCCAAUCACCUCCAUAUCA